AUGGCUUUUACAAGUAUAAGCCCCAGCUAUGACGAUGCUCGUCAUGUGGUAGGACGAACGAAAGAUCAGCCCGUCUUCGCCCGAAAAGUUGGAGGAUGCCUCGUGGAUUACAUCAACCGGAACGUCGUAUUAAAGCCAAGCGGCUGCAUCUGGGCCUCUAUUCUGGCGCAAACUCCCCGUCCGAGUGGCCCUCGAGCGGUGGCCGGUACGGCGGGUACCUCGACGGCGAAUGGCGUCUAUUGCGUCAUCAGCUUCCCGGGGCUCGGCCGGCCGCAGCAACCGCCGGCCGUUCGCUCCUGCCCCCCCGACGGAGACCACUUCCGGAUGGGCUUCGUGAAUCUGGCGAAUAUGGCCAGUUGGUACUCCAUGGACACGUACCUGCGGCGUCUGCUGCGCGAGUACACCGCCCGUCUUGACUCUUGCGGACUCGGCUCCGGACAGAGUCUCGACGGCCUCGGUAUCACAGCCAACAGUCUUAUCGGCUAUUGGAUACACGAAAUGGCGUCAGAAGUGUCGAAGGGUUCGGCCGCCAGUUCAACCGACCUCGUCUAUCUACGCCAGAUUGGAGGGCCACAUCGGGAGACCCCCGCACCGGCGUCGGUGAAUGGCUCUGCGACGCCGAUUGGCCAAGCCGGCAAAACGACUGUAGACCACGCCAUGUUGGCCCGAUUGCCCGACUGCCCGGCAGACCUGGUGACGGCAGUGCGGGCUCGAACUGUGGCCCCGAUAGCGCUGAGGAUUGAACUGAUGCUGGCCGGCGAUGAAACGACCUUCGGUAGGGCUGGUGUGGCCGCGGGUGAGGCGGAGAAGCAGGACGUGACGAAUGAAGAUGAAAAAUGGAAAGACAAGUCGGACCCAACAGACUGGGGAGCUGGGAAAGGCCGUCUGGACAGUUGGGCCAUGAAGAGUCUGGUCCGAGAAGCUGUGCUGAGCGGUUAUGUCGACUGGUUGACUGCGGACGUGGACCACACGGAGCCGGAGAACGCCUCCAAUCAGUUGCGGAGGAAGCGGCUUUCGCGAUGUAGAGGCUUGAUUUUCCAAGGCACAGAGGGUCUGGGCAAGUCGACGACUGCAAGGCUGUUGGCCAAGUAUCUUUCAGCAUCCAAGUACGUCUUUUCUCACCCACACGAUGUCAUGGCGACAAACUGGCUUGAUCAACAGGGAAGAGAGAAAAACGAUGGAAACUAG